AUGAGUUUCGCCAAUACUGAUGAUAGAUCAUACGGUGCCGCGGGAUAUUAUCCUCGUGCACCUGGAUCGGCUCAUGGACCACCACCUCCAACUGCAGGAGGUCAAAGUCAACAUGGUUCUUCACCUGAACAGCGACUUCACUCUUCUGGUGGGUAUAAGACUACUCCCGCACCACACGAAUCUCCCUCUCAGCCUGUUUAUCCAAACGAUAUUGGUGCUGCACCAGGUUCAUCCCAUGGUUACCCCCCUCAACCAAUCACUCCCCUCAGCGGUCAGGCCUACCCACCUCAACAACCACCUUCAGGUGGAUAUUACGGUAUAACCCAAACUCCCCAAUCAGAUCCCUCACAACCUCCAACUCAACAACAUAUCCCAUCUCCUCCACCGAGCAGCAACGGUAGACCCUCAAGCGCAAACUUCACACCGGAUGGUAUACCCAUAGUACCAGUUGGAGUAUCAGGUGGGAAGAUGUUCAGAUGUAGAGGAUAUGGAGAUUGCGAUAAGGUGUUCACCCGGAGUGAGCAUUUGGCGAGGCAUGUUCGAAAACAUACUGGUGAAAGACCUUUCCCAUGCCACUGCGGUAAAGCCUUCUCCCGUCUCGACAAUCUCCGACAGCACGCCGCUACCGUUCACGCCGAUCAAUCAGCACUGAACGAAGCGAUGCUGUCUUCGCUAGCCCCUGUUCACGCUGCCCUUUCACAACGGGCCAAUAGGGACCAAAGGAAACGAGGAGAGGUAGUGGAAGUGCCCAAGAACGCUGUGGAGAGACCUCGACAUGCGGAAUAUAGAGCUCAGAAAGGAUCUCCAGCUUCUGCUGCCGCCGCUGGACAACAUCAUCAACCUCCUGAUUCCCCUUACGCUCAGUAUCCUCCAGAAUCCCAAUGGAAUGUCGCUCCCCCUCCACAUGCCCGACCUCGUACUUCAGGCUACGAAUACCCACCAUAUGGUGCUGAAGGACCUCCCGUUCUAGAAGAUGCUGGACCAUCUCGCCGACCUGCUUCAUCCGCUGGCUAUGGGUAUCAACAACCAGCCUACUAUGAUCAAUCAGCUCGUCCACCAACGGCACCUGGCACAGCAUCGUCAUCCGAUUCCAUUAGCCAAUUACCCUACCCUUACCGACCAAUUUCAUCCCAAGGUCGGGAUCUACCUGUGCCUAGUCACUAUGCCGAAUCUGAACCUCCUUCCACCGCUCAUGGACCACCUCAAUCUCCUAUGUACUCGAAUGUACCCCAAGCACAAUGGUCUUCGCCUCCACCUCCUCAUUCCGCUUAUCCUCCUCAAGAUACUAGCGCUUACCCACCUAACACUGCUGAAGGUUACGCAUACCCCCCUCCACCUCAUCAACACGGUUCGUACCCUCCACGAGAAGAGGUAUACAAUUACCCACCUAACUGGACUCCUCAACCUCAGUAUAGCAACGUACCACCCCCACCACCUACUGCCGGUGGUUAUCCUCCGACAUACAAUCAACAACCUUCUGAAUCGCCAUUCCAGUACAACGCACCUGGUCCUCAGGAUGCGGCUUACCCACCAUCGUCGUACGGGUACGAUACGAGAAAGCGAAGAGUAGAGGAUGAAAGUGGAGAUUCCGAAUUGAGGAAACAUCAUAGACCAAAUGAUGAUCAAGGACAAGGUCAACCUCAAAAUUUGAAUGCUGCGCUAGAAGGACAAAGGGAUCCAUCUUGGUUACCACCUACGACCGAGAGACGUUCCUCCCUAGCGAUCUCAGCAUUGUUGGGAUCGCCUCAACAACCAUCGAGAUCACGUCCUGCUACGGCUGGAGGAGCGAAUGAAGGGUAUGAUCAUGCACAGGCUGCAUACCAGGCCAGUCAAGCUUUCAGUCAACCGCCGCAACCUGAAGCCAGUCAGAGUUUACCACCUACUCCGACAGUAGGUAUGAACGGCGUCAGAAGAUCGAAAGAUGAUUCAGCAGUUCAGGGAACAUCGACAACGACAACGGAAGACGGACAAAGUAUGGAACAGAAAGCUAAAGCGUUAUUGGGACAAGGCAGAUAG